UUGUGACUCAUGAAUAUCAAGGCUACCAGGGUUUUUCACUUCUCUUUCUGUCUUAAAGUGAAGUUCCUCCAUCUUUUUUGUGUUCCUAUAAACUCUGUGACCCAAAACCACGAACAUCAAAGCGCGCAGCAACCUACUAAACUCGUUCGGCUCUAUCAGAUCGAGGUUACAGGGAGGAGAACAUGACGCUUCAGUAGUCAUUAGUCCACGCUGGUUGUGUCCUGUCACGUGACCGCCACCCACCGGAGGUCAAAGUUGACUCCAGGGCCGACUCACCUGCUGCCAAAUUACAAUUAAACGUCACCGUCCCAGCGCGGAAGUAAUCGUCCACUGAUGCGUCCGCUGGGUGUCAGGUUUUACGCAUGGCGGCCGCCAAACGGGACGGAGGCCCGAGGAGGACUGACAUCCUACUAUUUAGAGGUGGGAAUGCUCCGACACCCAUCCCCACCCCCUCAGCCCCCCACAUGCACACCUGCUCCGCUCCGUCUGUUCCUGUCUGACAGACCGGCCCUCGUCCUUCCCCGUCUCCACCGGAGCUCUCACGUCCACUCUGCGCGCUCAACAUUUGGCCGUUAGUUCUGGAUUUGCGCUCUGGGUUUCCUGCCCUCCUCCUGGUGGAUUUAACUUUUAACAUUUAUUUUCCCCCAACCGACUCCACUCACAUCUAAGCUUUUACACCCGGCUCCCUGUUAUCGAUGGCGGAGGGUGUGCGCCCCGAGGACUACUGCGACGAGCCUGUGGAGGACGAGUUUGGAGAGAUCAUCAAGUGCCGAUCCGAUGAAAGAGAAGACGUUCAGAAGAAGACUUUCACAAAAUGGGUAAACUCACAGUUGGCUAAGACAGGGAAACCGCCUGUGGAGGAUCUGUUCUCAGACCUGUGUGAUGGACGACGCCUGCUGGAACUGCUGGAGGGGCUGGCAGGACAUGAGCUGGUGAGGUUGGAGAGAGGAAUAACACGUGUUCACUCACUCAACAAUGUCAACCGCGCUUUGCAGAUCUUGCAGAAGAACAAUGUUGAAUUGGUGAAUAUCGGAGCGGCAGACAUUGUUGAUGGAAAUCACAAACUGAUUCUCGGGCUCAUCUGGAGCAUCAUUCUCCACUGGCAGGUAAAGGAUGUGAUGAAAGAUGUGAUGGCGGGCCUACAGCAGACCAACAGUGAGAAGAUUCUGCUGAGUUGGGUUCGUCAGAACACCCGCCAUUAUCCUCAGGUCAACGUGGUUAACUUCUCCAGUAGCUGGAAUGAUGGAUUGGCCUUCAAUGCCCUCAUCCACAGCCACAGACCUGAGCUUUUUGAUUGGAGCUCAGUGGAGAAGAAGACAUCUGUGAUCGACAGACUGGAACACGCCUUUAAUAAGGCAGAACAACACCUGGGGAUAGAGAGAUUGCUGGACCCUGAGGAUGUGGCGGUGCCUCACCCUGACAAGAAGAGUGUCAUCAUGUACGUGACGUCCCUCUUCCAGGUGCUUCCCCAAAGCAUUUCCAUGGAAGCCAUCAAGGAGGUGGAGACGCUGCCACGAGCGGCCGCGGCCAGCAUCUCCCGGGUGACGACAGAGGAGCACUACCAGAUCCAGACCCAGCAGCGCUUCUCCCAGCAGAUCACAGUGAGUGUGGCUCAGGGCCGAGUGCGGAGCCCCUCCCCUCAGCCUCGCUAUAAAAGCUAUGCCUACACCCAGGCUGCAUAUGUCAAGUCGCCCGAGCAAAAGAGGAGGCGUUUUACUGAUCAGUUUCUAAGUCCUGGCCAGGAAGAGCUCCAGCGAGGCCUCAGUCCUCUGCCUCCAGGCUCCACCAGCCUGGAGAGCUACCAAGCUGCACUGGAGGAGGUGCUGACAUGGCUGCUGUCGGCCGAAGAUGGGCUCCAGGGUCAGCCUCCCAUCUCGGACAAUGUGGAGGAGGUGAAGGAGCAGUUCCACACACAUGAGGGGUACAUGGUGGAGCUGACCACCCACCAGGGCAGCGUGGGGCGGGUCCUCCGGGCCGGCGCUGCCCUCCUUGGGGAGGGGAACCUAAGCGAGGAGGAGGACUCGGAAGUCAGGGAGCAGAUGAGCCUUCUGAACUCUCGAUGGGAGCACUUAAGAGUGGCUAGCAUGGAGAGACAGAGCAGACUCCAUGAGGUCCUGAUGGACCUGCAGCACCAGCAGCUGCAGCAACUCACAGACUGGUUGGAUGUGACAGAGGCACGGAUUAAGAGGAUGGGGGCUCAGCCACUGGGUCCUGACCUGGAGGAUGUCAAGCAUCAGGUGGAAGAGCACAAGCUCCUGCAGGAGGACCUGGAGAUGGAGCAGGUGAGGGUGAACUCACUUACCCACAUGGUGGUGGUGGUGGAUGAGAACAGUGGGGACAGUGCCACUGCUGCCUUGGAGAGCAAACUGCAGGUGCUUGGUGAUCGCUGGGCAGCCAUUUGUAGAUGGACAGAAGAACGCUGGAUUCUGCUUCAGGAGAUUUUACUCAAAUGGCAGCACUUCACUAAUGAACAGUGUCUAUUUGACUCCUGGCUGACUCAGAAGGAGGAGCUGGUUCGCUCCAUCAAGACCUCCAACCUGAAGGACCAGGCCGAGAUGGUAGCCUGCCUCCGCCGUCUUGCUACGGUAAAGGCAGACCUGGAGGUGAAGCGUCCCACCAUGGACAAGCUGUGUUCCAUGAGUCAAGACCUCCUGUCCAGUGUCAAAAACAAAGAGGUUGCCAGCAAACUGGAGGCCAGACUGGACAGCUUCGCUCAGCGCUGGGACCGCCUGGUCCAGAGUCUGGAGAUGAGCAGCUCCAAGCUGUCAUCGACUGUCAGCGCAACCCAGCAGUCCGAGUUGACCCACUCUGUCACGGCGACUGUUACCAAGGUGACAACACGGGAGAAGGUGUCAGCCGUGCGCCAGACCCGAGAGUCGCCACCACCACAGAAGAAGAGACAGGUCGUGGUGGAUUCUGAACUCAGGAAAAGGUUUGAUGUGGACUUCACAGAGGUCCACAGCUAUAUGACCCGCGGCGAGGCCAUCCUACAGAGCCCCGAGUUCUCUGUGUCACGCAAAGAUGGCAGCAUUCAGGAGCUGCAUGACAAAGUGCAGGCGAUCGAAAGAGAGCGGCCAGAGAAGUACCGAAAGCUUCAGGAGGCAACACGCACGGCGCAGACCCUGGUCGAGCAGGAGGGGAGUCGUGCUGAUGACAUUGCCCAGGCAGCAGAGCAGCUGAACCAGCGUUGGGUGGGAUUCUGUGCCCUGUUGGCAGACAGGCUGGCAUGGCUGGCUUACCAGGAAAAGGUAUUGGCCUUCUACAGCUUGUAUGAGCAGUGUGAACAGGCUGUGGACAGCAGUGAGAACUGGCUCAAAGUCCAGGCGCCUCCAGCAUCUGAACCAGAACCGCUCAAAGUACAACUGGACCGAUGCCAGGAGGAGGUGGCUCGCCUGGCCGCCCUGCAGCCCCAAGUGGACCUCCUGGAGAGGCGGCUGAAUGAGCUGAAGGAGGAGAAGGAAGGGGAGGAGGACCCAUCAGUCUUUCUGGAUGCUGACAUCAAUGCCUUCAAAGAGCACUACCACAAGGUUCUGGAGGAUCUGAGGGCGAGACAGAGGCAGCUGCAGCUGGUUUUGGAGAGCUUGCCCCCGGCUCGUUAUAAGGAAACCAUAUCAACACUGUUGGCAUGGUUACAACAGUGCGAGGCCAAGCUGGCCAUCCCGUCCACAGCCGUUACAGAGUAUCCUGUUAUGGAGCAGAGACUGAUGGACAUUCAGGCCCUCCAGGCAGCUGUGGCUGAACACCAGGGGGAGGUGGACUACCUGACCUCAGCUGUGGAGCAGGUCUUCCAGAAAGCACCUCCAGACAUCAGUCAGAAGUAUCGCAUUGAGAUGGAUGGCAUCAUGGCUCGCUGGAGGCGACUUGGUGCCACGCUGACGGACAAUGCCCAGAGAAUCCAGGAGCUCAUGGCCAAGCUGCUGCAGUUUGAGAAUGAUGUGAAGACUCUAAAGAAGUGGAUGGCAGAUGUGGAUGUGUUCCUGAAUGAGGAAUGGCCAGCUCUGGGAGACUCUGAAGCUCUGGAGAAACAGCUGGAGCAGUGCACGGCUCUGGUGAACGACAUCCACACUAUCCAACCCAGCGUCAACGGCAUCAAUGAAGUGGGCCUGUACCUAAAGAAAGAGGCCGAGCUGCCGUUUGCCAUCUACAUCCAGAAAUUACUGGACGAACUCAACGGCCAGUGGGAGAACGUCUGCAAACAGGCCUAUGCUAAGAAGUCUGCUCUGAAAGGUGGCCUUGAUAAGACUAUGGCUCUGAGGAAAGAGAUGCAGGAGAUGCAGGAGUGGAUCAACCAGGCUGAGGAAGACUACCUGGAGAGAGACUUCACAUACAAAACCCCGGAAGAGCUGCGCAAAGCAGUGGAGGAGCUCAAGAGGGCCCAGGAAGAGGUCCACUCCAAGGAGCUAAAGGUCAAACUCCUGACUGACAGUGUCAACAGUUUCAUCGCCAAGGCUCCACCCACGGCCCACGAUGCUUUGCGGUCUGAGUUGGACGUGUUGACGGCCAACUACCAGCGCCUGUGUAGCCGGCUGGAUGGGAAAUGUAAAACCCUGGAGGAGGUGUGGGCCUGUUGGUGUGAGUUGCUCUCCUACUUGGAGCAGGAAAAUGCCUUCCUGGACCAGCUGGAGCAGAAGCUAGAUGAGACGGACAACCUCCAGGGAGGAGCAGAGGAGCUGCAGGAGGCGCUGGAUAGUCUAGAGGUUCUUUUGCGGCACCCAGAGGACAACAGGAACCAGAUUCGGGAGCUGGCACAGACGCUGAUGGACGGCGGAGUCCUGGAUGAACUGAUACAGCAGAAACUGGACGCUUUCAACACGCGAUGGGAUGAAUUGAUGGCGAGGGCAGCGCUCAGGCGGAAGGAGCUGGAGAAGAGCGUCCAGUGGGCCCAGGAGAACGACAAGACGCUGAGGCAGAUUCAGGAGUCGCUGGCCAACACCGACCGCCACCUCACUGCGUACCUGGCUGACCACAUAGACGCCCAGCAGAUACCACAGGAAGCUCAGAAAAUCCAGUCGGAGCUGAGCGGCCAUGAUGCCACACUGGAUGACCUGCGGAAGAAGAACCAGGACAAAGAGCCAUCCCAGAGGAUCGUGGGACAGAUAGACCUCACCCAGAAAAUGCUGACAGACGUGUGGACGAAGUUCCGUCUUUUUCAGAAGCCUGCCAACUUCGACGCUCGGCUGGCCGAGUGUGAGCGUGUGCUGAUGGGGGUCAAAAACCAGGUGGGGUUGCUAGAAAUUGGCAGCGUUGAGCAGGAUGUGGUGCAGUCGCAGCUGGAGCAGUGCAUGAAGUUGUACAAGGUGCUGAGUGAAGUGAAAGGGGAGGUGGAAACGGUUAUAAAAACUGGCCGACAGAUCGUCCAGAAGCAGCAGACUGAGCAGCCCAAAGAGCUGGACGACAGGGUGACGGCCCUCAAACUGCUCUACAACCAGCUGGGUUCACAGGUAACUGAGAGUAAACUGGAGCUGGAGAAAAUUCUGAAGUUGUCCCGAAAGCUGCGUAAGGAGCUCAACGGGCUGACGGAGUGGCUCGCCUCCACUGAUGCUGAGCUGACCAAGCGCUCUGCCGUGGAUGGUAUGCCCAGCGACCUGGAGGCUGAAGUGGCAUGGGCACAGUCCAUCCACGCGGAGAGAGAGAGGCGUCAGCCACAGCUGCAGGCUGUGGUGGACCUCGCCGAGGCCCUCAAGGUGGUGCUGCGGGGUCACGGGGGCCUGGUGGACGACAAAGUCAGCUUGCUGCACUGCAACUGGAUUGCAGUCACAUCAAGAGCAGAAGAGUGGCUCAACCUGCUGCUGGACUACCAGCGACAGAUGCAGAAGUUGAAUGGAGAGAUUGAGGAGGUGAACGGAUGGAUCGACGGAGCAGAGAAAAAAAUGAACGAGAUGGACAGCCAGGGGCCCAACGAUGCUGUGCUUAAGGUGUUGCGAGCGGAGCUGGAACUUACGAUGGAUAAGAUGGAGGAGGUGAGGGCUCUGGCUCAGGAACUCAUGUCCACCAGGGGGGAGAACUGCCAGGCCCAGGUGGGACCCAAAAUGGAGCAGCUCAACCAGAGAUUUGACACCAUCGCGCAACGCAUCGCUUCUGGGCUGACGGCAGCAUCAGCCAAGGAGCUGGAGCAAUACUACAGUGAAGCACAGAUCUGGCUGGAACUCCUGGAGGAGGAAGUCAAACAGGGGGAAAACCUCAAGGAGGAGGACUUCCAGGAGGAUAAGGACUGUGAAGAAGGUGCAGUGAAGGAGUUACUGUUGAAAGGAGAGAAUCUACAGAAGAGAGUCCCAGAUCAGGACAAGAGAGAGCAGAUCAGACUGAAACACAACCAGCUCAACAGCAAGUACAACACUGUUAAGGACCUGCGCGUGCUGAGGAACAGGAAGGCGUUGGCCAUCGCUCCGCAGUGGUACCAGUACAGGAGGAAGUCACAUGACCUACUGGCCUGGCUGGACGACAUCCAACGCAGCGUGGACCAACUGCCUGACCCACCUGAAGGAGAGAGGGUCAAGGAAAUUGGCUCAGAGUUCGACAAGAAGAAGGAGGAGCUUAAGGAGGUGCAGGGCUUAGCCAAACAGCUCUCAGAAGCUGGAGCCGCCAGUCUAGUGGAGCCCCGCCAACUCCAGCUCAACAAGCGCUGGGUUGAGGUGGAGGGCAAGUUCAUACCCUUCAAAAGACAAUGUUUCCCUGAUCUGCCAGUCACUGAAGAUGAGUACCUAACAGAGCUGCAGGCGCUGCUGCGUUCAGUGUCAGAGACGGACUUCAAGCUGAACUCUCCUGAAUACUGGCCUGCAGCGUAUUAUAACCUGCCUCAGCAAGAACACUGCCUGAAGGAGGUGAAGGGGAGCAUCGACACUCUGCGAGGCCCAGUGGAGGGAGCGUUGGCCCGCAGGGAGGAGAUGGUGUCUGGGGCUCGGCCUGUGGAGGGCCAGAGGAUCCAAGAGUCCGCCACCCUCCUCAGUACCAACUGGGACAAGCUUAACAAACUCUACCAGGACAGACUUAAGCGCUGGCAGGAUUGCAACUCCAAGUGGCAGAAGUUUGUUUCGGAUCAGAAGGCGCUGGACGAGUGGCUGAACGAUGCCGAGAGCACUUUGAAACUGGCCGAGAGUGAGCCAGCAGCACACAGACAGCACCUCAGGGAUCUGACGGAGGCCAUACCUAUCCAGGAAGUGGUGUUGAGCAGGGUGAACACUGCAGGAGAGGACAUCAGCCAGUUGAGCACACCAGACGAUGCCUCGCGGCUCAAAACGCAGCUCAAAUUACUCAACUCUCGCUGGGCUAACGUCUGCCAGCAGCUUAACGAGCACAAGAGGAGGUCUGCAGAGGCGCGUUCAGCGGCUGCAGGUCUGCAGGAGGACAUGGGCUCGAUGCUGGGCUGGUUGGACAAAGCUGAGGGCGUCCUGACCAUCCCUCUUCAGCCUGCAGAACCACAACACAUCAGAGACACUCUGGACAAAGUCCAGGCACAUGUGGAGGAGCUUCCUGCCAAGAAGGCGGCAAUGGAGGAUCUGAACUCUAGACAAAAACAGAUAACACUUCCUGCUGACAGACAGAAAGACAUCAGGAUCAUCAACACUCGCUGGGCUCAGGUGUCCAAGGCUCUGCCUGAGCGUCAGCUGGAGAUUGAGGGUCUGCUGCGGGAGCUGGAGAACCUUCAGGGUCAGCUGGACGACCUGUCGUCCUGGGCGUCCAACACCAGAGCCAAGCUAGAGCACAGCCCUGAGGAGCCGCCACCCAGACUCAUUGAGGAAGUUCAAGUCAAGCAGCCAGAUGUGGAGUUUGUUUUGGAGCGAGCCAAUCAACUAUACAAGGACAGUCCCCCCAGCCAACCAAACAAGGUGAAAUAUGCCAAGCUGAGAGAAGACUGGACUGUGAUCCUGGAGCUGGUGCGGCAACAUAAGGAGAGGAUGGCUGCUCAGCUAGUAGCCAAAAAAGCCAAUGAAUGUCUGACAGGAAGCUCCCAGCCUGAAUCUGCAGCACUGGCUCAGUUUAACAAGUCCUGGGCUGAGCUCACGGACUGGCUGACCAUGCUGGAUAACAUGGUGCAGAACAAGCGUGUGGUGGUGGCGGACCUGGACGACAUAAAUGACAACAUCAGCAGGCUCAAGGUGUCCCUACAGGAGCUGGAACAGAAGCGACCCCUGCUGGAGAGACAGGUCACAGCAGCCCAGAACCUGAAGAAUAAAACUAGCAACCAGGAUACACGCAAUGCAAUCACUGAGCGCAUCGACAGGCUUCAGACUCACUGGGAAGACUCUCAGACCAAGCUCUCUGAUAGGAUGAAGCAGCUCCACAACAUGCUGCAGGACUCCACUGAUUGGCUGGAUGCUAAGAAGGGAGUGGACCAACACAUCAAGCGGGCCACUGAGAGGCUGGACUCCUGGCAGGAGAUCACAUACACGGUGGAUGCACUGAGGAAACAAAAUGCUGAACUGAAGCUCUUUCUGAAGGAGCUGCAGCAGUGGCAGGGUCAGGUGGAUGAAACCAACGUACUUGCUGACAAACUGUUGACUCUGUAUGCCAACGACGACACGCACAAGGUCACCCAGGUCAACGACAACAUGGUGGCCACAUGGACACAUAUCACCAAGCGAGUUUCAGACAGGGAGGCGGCCCUGGAGGCAGCUCUGAAGCUGCUGCAGCAGUUCUAUCUCGACCUGGAGAAGUUCCUCAACUGGCUAACUGAGGCUGAGACGACGUGCAACGUUUUAAUAGACGCCACCAACAAGGAGAGACUGCAGGAGCACCCAGCAGCCAGGAACCUGCUUGCACAGUGGAAGGACCUCCACGCAGAGAUUGACAGCCACACAGAGCUGUAUCACUGCCUGGAUGAGAAUGGGAAGAGGAUUGUGACUUCGCUGGGGGACUCGGAGGACGCCGCUCUGCUUCAGAGACGUCUGGGCAACAUGAGCCAGCGUUGGGAUGACCUACGCAACAAAACCCUCAGCAUGAGGGCCCACUUGGACUCCGAGAUGGCCCCGUGGAAGAGGCUCCACAUGUCGCUGCAGGAGCUGCUGAACUGGCUGAGGCUGAAAAGUCAACAGCUGGAGCAGGAGCCGCCUGUAGGGGGCGACGUCCCCACCGUGCAGACACAGCUGGAAACACACCGGGGCUUCAGGAGGGACUUGAGAGCUAAGGAGCCGGUUGUGACCAAGGCUCUGGACGAUGUGGGAAUCUUCCUGUCUGAGCUGCCUCGAGACACACCAUCACCUGAGCACAGAGAUAUCAGCCCGGAGGAACGAGCCCAGAAUGUGGGGCGAGUCCUGCGCAAAGAAGCAGAUGACGUGAUAACCAGGUGGGACCAACUCAACGGCGACUCAGCCGACUGGCAGAGGAGGCUGGAGCUGGCUCUGGAGCGGCUUAUGGAGCUCCAGGAGGCGGAGGACCUGCUGGACGGACAGCUCAGGCAGGCCGAGAUGGUGAAGGAGGCGUGGGAACCUGUCGGUGACCUGCUGAUCGACUCCCUGCCAGAGACCAUCGACAAAGUCAAGGAGUUCCAGGAGGAGAUUGCUCCAAUUAAGGAUGAUGUAACACACAUGAACCAGUUGGCGUCCACUUUUGGUCCACAUGACAUCCAGCUGUCACCUACCAACCUGGAACGCAUUGAUGAUCUCAACACGCGCUGGAGGCUGCUCCAGAUCUCCGUCACAGAACACCUGAAGCAGCUGACGGACGCUCACAGAGACCUUCUGCACGCAGGAUCUGUGGAGAGCCCCUUUGAACAGGGCAUCUCCCCAAACAACGUGCCCUACUACAUUAAAGAGAAAGCUGGACCUGACCAGAUGACCGAGACCCUCCACCAGACCCAGACAACAUGCUGGGAUCAUCCCAAGAUGGCUGAGCUCUACCAGUCUCUGGCCGACCUGAACAAUGUUCGGUUCUCGGCCUACCGAACAGCCAUGAAGCUCAGACGCCUGCAGAAGGCUCUCUGCUUGGACCUGCUGAGCAUGCCAGUGGCGUGCGAGGUGUUCGACCAGCACGGCCUGAAGCAGAACGAGCAGCUGCUGGACAUCUCCCAGCUGGUCACCUGCCUGACCAGCCUGUACCAGCGGCUGGAACAGAGCCAUUCGCACCUGGUCAACGUCCCACUGUGUGUCGACAUGUGCCUCAACUGGCUGCUCAAUGUCUACGACACUGGUCGUACUGGGAAGAUCCGGACUCUGUCAUUCAAAACUGGAAUCAUCUCACUCUGCAAGGCUCACCUGGAGGAUAAGUACAGAUUCUUGUUCAGACAGGUUGCCAGCGCGACAGGUUUCUGUGACCAGCGUCGCCUGGGCCUGCUCCUCCAUGACUCCAUCCAGAUCCCCCGGCAGCUCGGUGAAGUUGCAUCCUUUGGUGGCUCCAACAUCGAGCCCUCCGUCCGCAGCUGCUUUCAGUUUGCCAACAACAAGCCCGAGCUGGAAGCCGCCAUGUUUCUGGACUGGAUGCGUCUGGAACCUCAGUCCAUGGUGUGGCUACCCGUCCUGCACCGCGUGGCUGCCGCCGAAACCGCCAAGCAUCAGGCCAAGUGUAACAUCUGCAAAGAGUGUCCUAUUAUCGGAUUCAGAUAUCGGAGUCUGAAACAUUUCAACUAUGACAUUUGCCAAAGCUGCUUCUUCUCCGGUCGCGUCGCCAAGGGACAUAAGAUGCAGUACCCCAUGGUCGAGUACUGCACUCCGACGACAUCAGGGGAGGAUGUCCGGGACUUUGCCAAGGUGCUGAAGAACAAGUUCAGGACCAAGCGUUACUUUGCCAAACACCCACGCAUGGGCUACCUGCCUGUCCAGACCAUCCUGGAGGGGGACAACAUGGAAACUCCUGUCACUCUGAUCAACUUCUGGCCCGUAGACCAUGCGCCCGGAUCAUCCCCUCAGCUCUCGCACGAUGACACGCACACUCGGAUCGAGCACUACGCCAACCGGUUAGCAGAAAUGGAGAAUCGUAAUGGCUCUUAUCUGAAUGACAGUAUCUCACCCAAUGAGAGCAUCGAUGACGAGCACAUGUUGAUCCAGCACUACUGCCAGUCUCUGAACCAAGGCUCUCCUCUCAGCCAGCCCCGCAGCCCCGCCCAGAUCCUCAUCUCCAUGGAAACGGAGGAGAAGGGAGAGCUGGAGAGGGUCCUCAAUGACCUGGAGCAGGAGAACAGGAAGCUACAGUCCGAGUACGACCGUCUGAAGAAGGCUCACGACAGGAAGGGCCUGUCCCCACUGCCGUCGCCCCCAGAGAUGCUCCCGGUGUCGCCGCAGAGUGCACGCGACGCCGAGCUCAUCGCCGAGGCCAAACUGCUGCGGCAGCACAAAGGACGUCUGGAGGCCCGGAUGCAAAUACUGGAGGACCACAACAAACAGCUAGAGUCCCAACUGCACAGGCUCCGACAGCUGCUGGAGCAGACUGAUUCCAAGGUGAACGGCACAGCUCUGUCCUCUCCUUCCACCUCCUCUCAGCGUUCCGACUCCUCCCUCCCUGUGCUCCGCGUAGCCGCCAGCCAGACUACUGACACAAUGGGUGAUGACGAGCUCUCCAGCCCUUCCCAAGAUGCAUCCGGGCUGGAGGAAGUGAUGGAGCAGCUCAACAAUUCUUUUCCUCAUAGCCAGGGAGGGAGAAGGGGACACCCAUGAGAGGUCCCAGUAUUGGCAGUUUGUUCCACAUGGCCGACGAUCUGGGCCGAGCCAUGGAGUCACUGGUCAGCGUGAUGACAGACGAGCAGAGCGCCGAACAGCACGAGGCCCUGCCCUUCUGAUCCCACCCCACCCGCGCCCUCAGCCUUCAACCCGGUGUCCCACCCCUCCUCCCUCUCCUCCCUCUCCUCCCCUCUCCUCCCUCCCUACCUGUCGCAUGCUUUUCUAGUCAAAACAACUGGAUUGGAAACAGUUUACAAAGAGAAUAUAUAAUGUCUAUUUUUGUGAAGGAUUGCGGUUCCAGCAAUGACGCGUUAAAAAAAAAUGCUAAAGAAAAGAAAAACAUUAUAACUUGUAGAUUUCAGUAGUUUCUUAAAACGUCCUGAAGUUGUUUUAUUAUUAACAGAGGCUGGUUUUUAAACUUCUAUGCAAUUGUAUAAAACAAAACUGGGGAUGGGAGGGGGGAGGCAACGAGAGGUGAGAAACAAGUAAGUGUGUUCAGUGUGGUCGAAUAUUUGCCAUUUGUUUAUAAUUGGGGAAACAGCUAAAGCAUUUCAGACAUUUGUAUCAAAAAAAGAAUGAUUGUAAUCAUAAGGGUGCUUUCUAAGAGGAAAAUGUCUUUCUAUAACAGCGUACACUACUGUCAAGGUAAUGCAGGCAUCCUGGAUCUUUAUAGUACGUUGUCUGUGAGAGUUUGUGUGUGUGUGUGUGUGUGUGUGUGUGUGUGGUGCCUAAUUUUCACAAUACUUUACUGCUAUUUUUGUCUUCAGCUGACAAACUUCGUAUUAUAUUUGAAUUCUUCAUUUAUCCACUCAUCCGUCCGUCCAUCCAUGCAUUCAUCGUUUUGUUCCCUGUUACGUUAACGUCUCUAUGGCAACAGUUUUGUCCCUGUAUUUGUUCUGAACACAGUGUACUGUGUGGUGUAGAAGAGGCUCGAUUCAGAACUGAACCAAGUCAACAAAAACAUUUUGAAACUUGGGCACGUAAUAGGAAAUAAUUAGUCACAACUGAUUUGGAUUUCAUUUUACAGUAAUAUACAUAAUUAGCAGAACUGAAGAAGACUGUAAUCUUUUUUUAAUGAAGUAGUAAAUUUAAAAACAAAUAUUUGGUACUCAGAAUGGAUGAUGCAUCGUUUGCCUUACCUAUUGAUUAAAAUUACUCUUUAUAUGCCAUUGUAAUUAUAUACAAAUAUUAAUGUCUAUAAUUAUUCUUUUUAAAGGUACCCUGUCUUGACAGUAGUGGUGUGAAGCUUUUAUUUUAUUUUCAAACUGAGUAUCCUUUUGGUUCUUCCAAUAAUCAGCCUUGGAAAUGUUUUAUGACAGAGAAAUUGCAUUCAACACAUUUAUUAGGAGAAAUGCUGAAUGUAAAGCAGAAACUUUGUUUACAAAACAACCCAGUGAUGUCACAGUAUCCUGGAGUACACCUGUACAGAAUGAGUAACUGGAACAAAGAAAAAGAUGUUCUCGGGCUGUUUCGGCCUCAGAUGUUGAUGAGGAGGCCUCUUCUGUCUUGUGGUCAUCUGUAAAUCAUGUACACGCUCUGGUCUAUCAGUAUUAUGUGACAUAUCACAACUAGUUUAUCACCUUUUAUAUGAAAGUAAACAAGUUCAAAGCUACUUCUUUCAUAACUUAGCUGCUGAUCAGUUGUGAAAGUGUUGUCAUAGACAAAGCUCAACUGAUGUGGAUUGUCAAAUAUAGUUUUAAUAACUUUUUUUUUUUUUUUUAAAAAAGGUUCAGACAUUUAUCUUCAGUUCUGCAUCGGGCCUUGACGAGAAAACCAAACUGCUUAUUGCACUGGUACAUCUGCAAUGACGGUUUUAUUUCAAAUAUUUAUCACAUUAAGUCUUUUUGGGCUUGUUGAGUACACGCAGUACACUGUGUAUUGGUUUAAAACUGCCAGUUUCCGUACUGUAAGAGGAAUGUUAUUUUAAUUGAAUCUGAGCACUACGGUGUUACAAGGCUGCUAGUUGAGAUUAUUCUCGAGAAAUUCUUCUGAUUUUCACAGAGAAAUAUUUGAGUUGUACGAAGCCCAGUAACAUAAGCUCUACCUCGUGUGAAUUGUCAAAGUCCCGUCCGGAGGCAAUUUCUCUACUGUACUCGAUCCCACACUCCUGUCAGAUUUUUCAUUAUUAAUUGAUUAUUGCUGGCUGACUGAUUCACAGCAGAUAUUCUCUCUAUAUAUACAUACAUAUAUAUAUAUAUACACAUACAUAUAUAUAUAUAUAUAUAUAUAUAUAUACCUCCAUACACAUUCUACUGCACUGUAAGAGCCUCCUAUCUGAAUGUUCGGAUGCUUUCAUUGCAUUUCUCAUCUCUCUCAGAGACCUUUUUGACUCAAGUAUAACAACCACAAAUCAAAUGUAUCCGUGUGCACUACUGUCGUACCUGGGACAUACUAGAUAUUUGUUUUCUGUGUGGAAGAUGCGUUUUAUUCUAGCAGAGUGUUACAUUUUGUCUUUGGUUAAAGACCUAUUUCGUUUUGUGCCGUGUGAGGUGUUCUGAUAUUAGCAUGUGUGACUAAAUAAACUCCAUCCUUAUUUAAUGUAUAACCACUCGGAGAAGUCCGUGGUGAGCGUCGCAGGCGUUAGACACUCGUGUGUUUUUCGGCGUCAUAUUCUGUCAGCAUGAUUCAAACGGGUUUUGUUCCGAUCCAGACACUGAAUUAAAUUUGAUUUUAACGUUUUGUGUUAUUCUCACACCAUUUUUCAAGUAACGCGUCAAUACUUCACAACAUAUCAGAUUCCACCAAAUAUAUGCCUUACUACUGUAUUAUAAAAUGCUUUACUGCAUAUCAAUAAAGCACGCAGUUAUGUUGAUUUGA